AUGCAAUCACCUAUGUAUCCGAAAAUGGUAAGGGCAAUUAAUGCUUAAGAUUUUCUCCGCCCUGGUUUGAAGGUAUGGUGAUGAUGAUGCUAGCCGCUUGGACUCUAGAGAUCACCAGGUAUUAUUAUAAUCUGGAUAUGAAGCCUGAUAAGGAACAGUUGAAGGAAUUGGGUGUGUUUAGCCUGGAGCAGAGGAGAUCGAGAGAGGAUGGGAUAGUCCUCCUCAAAUGUCUCCUGGGCUGUCACAUGGAAGAUGGAGCUAGCUUGUUUUCUCCUGCUCUGGAGGCUAGCUUCUGAACCAGUGGAUUUCAAUUACAAGACAGGGGGUUCCAACUAAACAUCAGGAAGUACUUUCUUACAUUAUUAUGAUUAAUUAAAUUUGAAGAUCUCGGGACAGUUCGCAGUACAGUGGUACCUAAGGAUAACCUAAGACACUUCAGGUUACAGACUCCGCUAACCCAGAAAUAGUACCUCGGGUUAAGAACUUUGCUUCAGGAUGAGAACAGAAAUCACACGGCAGCAGCGGGAGGCCGCAUUAGCUAAAGUGGUGCUUCAGGUCAAGAACAGUUUCAGGUUAAAAUGGACCUCCAGAACGAAUUAAGUUCUUAACCCAAGGUACCACUGUAUAAAAAUACAAUAUAAAAACAUAAAGAUACAUAAUAAAAAGGAGAACAAUAACAAAACAAACCCAUAAGCCAGGGGUCAGAAACCUAAGGCCCAUGGGCCAGAAGCAGCCUGUGGAGGUUGUUUGACCGGCCCACAACCCACCCCCGAACCAAGCUGCCCACUCGCUAAACCGGCGCAGCGCAGGGACUCACUUCCACGGUGCUGUAAAUCGCAUCUGCGCAUGCGCAGAUGCCGGAAAUCACAUCUGCUCAGAUGCAGACACUGAAAAUCAUGGAUGUGCCCGCUCACGUGCAUGCAGAAUCCAACCCACAGAUAGAUCUCCAUGGGACCGAUCCAGCCCAGGCAAGAUAAACCUUGCUGACCCCACCCAUAAGCCAUCCCUCCCACAAACACAUGUAAAAGGACAUAGACUGUUCAUCAGCCCAAGGCCUGGCUGAAGGGGAAUGUUUUUGCCCAGUUCCUAAAUAGAUAUAACGGAGUGGCGCCAUCGGCAAUGGUGGACUCCCUCUGAUCUGGAGGGACUAGCUCCACGCGAAACGGGUCUUUUCCGCUACAGCGAAGCGGGGACCCUUUGAAAAAUCACAGGCGGAUGAAGCCUGUGACCAUGGGACUCGGCGGGCACCUUUCGCGCGCCCCACCCAACUCGUAAAGGAACCCAGUUACGGGCUCCGGAGCGAAGAGAGGUAAGUGGCGCGGUGCUGAGAGUCAACUGCUUCUUCCGUGGAGCGAAGCCGCACAGCCGUUGCCGGAGAGCGCUGCCUUUUUCCUGGGACAAUUUGGCUUCUAAAAUAAUCACCCGUGAGUACUUAAAUUUCGGACAAUUGGACUUUAAAUAAGGACUUGCAAGCAGAAAGGAAAAUUGGACUUAAAAGUUUACCUCAAUUUGGCACUGAAACGGGAAAGUCUAAACAGGAAGUCAGCCUUCCGUUUCUUUGUAGAUAGAUUAAAGCAAAGACAUGGCAAACUAGAGCUCAGAAAAUCGCUUGUAAAAGAUUAACUUUCAUCAUUUAAAAUUGUUGAACCCCUUCGGAAGCAGGAGAAGAGGGGGGAUUUUUUCGGACUGUUUAAACCUGCAGAAGUGAGUGUAAAGUAAAGUAACUUUCCACCGUCCUGAUCCUGGAGCGGGGUGUCAGGACUGACGUUUUUUGAAGCUCAUUGACCAGAGACAAACGUUUUUGACAGAUAGCUAUAAGAAGAGAAAAUUUGAUUCCAUUGUUACCCUUCGCAUUUUAAAGGAACAAAUAUUGACAAAAUAUCUGAAAAAGGAAACUUUGUUGUUAGACUUGUCUUUAAAAGAAAGAACAAAUAGAAGUUUUCCCCCUAGAGGGAGACUGUGAAACUGUAACCAACUCCGGGGAGCCAGCAGCUGUUACAGAUUACAGUCGUGGGAAUAGACUUCUGACCUUGCAGGACAAUGUAUUCAGAAGCUCUGUUGUGUGCUUUCUGUAAAACAAAGGCCCUACUGGAACAGCUACAUGAGAAGACGGACUUGAUGACUGAUGCGAUCAGAAAUUUUGAACAGGCAGUGGGAAAUUAUAUGGAGCCCACCCAGGAAUUAAAUCAGGAGUGUGCCCUGACAGAACAGAUGAGGGAAGAGGAUGUUGCUGAAUCUUGGGCGCCAGAGAUGGAGGGAGCUGUGGCCCAGCAGGAACAUGAGCUUUUGGAUUUGACAAAUGAACUUGGAAAAAGCCAGAUUUGGAAAGAUAAAGUUUGGUUUGGUUUGGAAAUGGGGGGCUGAAUAGACCCCCCUAUGCAGGGAUGUUUGGACUUUUCAAGUCUGGCAAUGGGCCGUGAGAUGUUUGGGGUUGUGGGGGCUCUUAAUUUUGGAGGGAUUUUGAAACAUGUUCUUAAAUACCACAUGGAGUUUAGUGUGGACUAUGGAAAAGGGGCUGAUUUGUCGAGAAGGGUCAAAAACAUUGUUAAGCUGGAGUUCCCACGAGUGAAAGGAGCAGGGGACAAAGGAAAAUACAGCUAUAAAUAUGAAGAAGAGCCGCGGAAGGGACAUGGAAGGGACUUAAGGGCCUCGGAUACAAGGUUACCAGGUUUAUGCGCUAGAUCGAUGGGAUAAUAAGGACUGACAAAACCCGGGACCAGGAGGAAGGGACGCUGGAUUAAGAUUGGAUUGUUUUUAUUUCUUUUUUUUACUACUAGGAUUGUUUUAUAAAAUUGAUGAAUGUUAGAAAAAUGUUGGAAUGAAAUUAUUUGGCUUUAGCAAAAAUGUUUAAAGAAUUAUAUAAGAAUAUUAUGGUUAUGAGAAGUUGCUAAAAAUAAGAUUUAAGUUUUAAGCUUUAAGGUUCUUUAUAGUAAGAUAAGAUUAAAAUAGAUUAAGGUAAUGUAAUGACAGAAUAUUAUGAAAUAUGGAAAGGAUUUGCUGCGACAAUUAACAACUAGGAUACAAAAAGGGAGGAGGAGGAGGUCAAAGAAAGAAGGUAAUGACAGUUGAGGAUUUGAGAAUGAUGGAUUUGUUUUUGAGUGUUUGUGGUGUAUUUUUGUUUUUUGAAUUUGUAUUGUUUGAUGUGGUUUGUUUUUUCUUUGUUUUUUCUUUUUCUUUUUCUGUUUUGUUCUCUUUUGUAAUUCUAAAAAAAUUUCAAUAAAUAUCAUUUAAAAUAAUAAUAAUUUAAAAAAAGAUAUAACGGUGGUUCCAGGCGAUUCUCCCUGGGGAGAAUGCCCGCAAAAUGGGGAGCCACUGUAGAAAAGGUCCGUUCUUGUGUUGCCACCUUCCAGACCUUUUGUGGAAGAAGCACAUGAAGAAAGGCCUCACAUGAUGAUUGCAGGAUCCAGGUUGGUUCAUGUGGUGAAAAGCAGCCCUUGAGGUUUUAUCAAGAGAAGGUUUUCCCCAAAUGUAGAUAAGCAUUAUGGAGACUUUAAAAAAGAGAAAACCCUACUGAUAUCUGACAGCCAGUCUAUUGUUGGCUAUGGAACAAAAUAAUAAUAAUCCUGAUCUUGUUCUGUGCCCUGGGCCCAAUCCCACAUCUUGCUCACUCAUUAACCGCAUUUCUUUUCAUCCACAGAUCUCUGUAUAUAAGAAGAUAUGGAAAAGGUAAGAUAAUUAGUCCUCUGCACACUUACCUGGGAGGUCAUAAGCUUUAUUGAAUUCAGUGGUGUUUACUCAUCAGUAGACACAUCUAAGGCAGUGGCGGAGCUUCAUGCUCCAGCUCCGGGGGACAGAGAGCAGGCAGUGGUGGGGCUGGCUCGUGUCCCAGGGGCUUUAAAGGUCAGCACCAAUGCUUUGAAUUGUGCUCGGAAACAUACUGGGAGCCAAUGAAGAUUUUCAGGACCAGUGUUAUAUGGUCUCAGCGGCCACUCCCAGUCACCAGUCUAGCUGCCACAUUCUGGAUUAGUUGUAGUUUCUGGGACACCUUCAAAGGUAGCCCCAGGCCUCAGGCAGAAGUCUCCAUGAACACUGAUAAUUUUAGCUAGUUCAGACCUGAGACCCCUCCAGCAUCCAACUGAUUCCAAUAUUGAUACCUUCCUGCUGAUUUGCUGAUAUUAUUAUUAAUAUUAUUAUUAUUAUUAUUAUUAUUAUUAUUAUUAUUAUUAUAAUUUAUAUACCACCCUAUAGCUGGAGGUCUCAGGGCAGUUAUCAGCUAUGGCCUGGAGAGCAGGAACAUUAUCAUUUGAAAACAUUGGCAGAUCAGGCUUUUGUUAAAUGACCAGGAGCAGGGUCCAGAGGAAUACAACUGCAACCUUUGUGGGUUUUCUCCAUGGGCCGAGGCUCUUGUCUUUUGCAAUUCCAUGCAGAAAGCCAAAAAUAACAUGGGAAAGAUGCCUGCAUGAGGAUGGGGAUGGAGGAAUCGUCCUGGAAUCUGCCUCCUGCAUUGCAAAUACCAACCACCAUUGUGAACCAUUCCAUUUGGAAAGAAAACUUGAAUCAUUUGGAUCAGAUAUAUAUUCAUAA